GUAUCUGCAGUUUACAGGAGAUUGUUGAGAUGGAUUUCGGAAAUAAUCAAUUUUCCGGCGGAUUGCCAUCGUGUUUGACGAAUUUGAAGAAGUUAGAGAAGCUUAAUCUUCAAUCAAACAAGUUCACCGGCGCAAUCCCAAAUGCUGUGAGUUCUUGGAGUGCUCUUUCCAGUUUGAAUCUAUCCAACAAUAUGUUGACCGGCGAAAUCCCAAAUCAAAUCGGGAAUUUACCGGUUCUAAACUAUUUGGAUCUUUCCGGUAACUCACUUUCCGGCAAGAUACCAACUUCACUGACUAAACUCCGACUUAAUAUCUUGAAUAUAUCCAACAACAAUCUUGAAGGCAAGGUACCAACCGGUUUGGAUGUCUCGAGCUUAAGGGGUAACCCCAAACUAUGCAGUCCCGAUCUUAAACCGUUUCCUCGCUGCCAUAAGUCGAAAUCAGUAAGCUAUUAUUCAGUCGGCAUUUUGUCAGCCGUGGCUUUCUUUCUUAUCGUGUCGCUAAUCUGGGUUGUGAUCAAGACCCGAUUAUUUCGCCGGAAUAAAAGAUUAUGGAAGAUCACGUCGUUCCAGCGGCUGGGAUUCAAAGAACAAGACGUGUUGGUUUCGUUAGCGGAGAGCAACAUCAUCGGAAUGGGCGGAUCCGGUAAGGUUUACCGGGUAACGAUGAAAACUGGACAAAUGGUGGCGGUUAAGAAGCUAUUCGGAGUUCAUGAGAGUCCGGAAACGGAGGCGGAAUUCUUGGCGGAGAUGGAGACGCUGGGUAGAAUCCGACAUAAAAACAUCGUGAAGCUUUUGUUUGGUAGUGUCGGGGAGGAUUUUCGGGCGUUGGUUUACGAGUAUAUGGAGAACGGGAGUUUAGGCGACAUGUUACACGAAGAUCCAAAAGGCGGGCUUUUGUUGGAUUGGGGGAAGCGGUUCGAGAUCGGUCUUGGAGCUGCACAAGGGUUAGCAUAUUUGCACCACGACUGUGUGCCCGGGAUCGUUCAUCGUGACGUUAAGUCAAACAAUAUCUUGUUGGACGAAGAGUUUAGACCACGGGUUGCGGAUUUUGGCCUAGCCAAAACCUUGCAAAUAAAAGCGAGCGAUAGCGAUGGAUCCAUGUCUCGUGUUGCGGGUUCCUACGGCUACAUUGCACCAGAGUACGCAUACAUGAUGAAAAUUACUGAAAAGAGCGACGUUUACAGUUUUGGAGUGGUGCUAAUGGAGAUAGUGACGGGUAAGCGACCAAAUGAUUCAUCUUUUAAUGAAAACACGGAUCUCGUGAAGUGGGUGACAUCGGCCGCUUUGUUGUCGCCGGAGAAAACAAGUGACGGUGGUUGGACUUACUUGGAUCAACUUAUCGACCCUAAGAUGAGCCCUUCUAGUCGUGAUUAUGAAGAAAUCGAAAGGGUGUUGAACGUAGCUCUCCAAUGUACUUCCGCAUUCCCGAUUAACAGACCAUCCAUGAGAAAAGUUGUCGAGUUGCUCAAAAACCAUUCUACGGCACCUUCAAAGCAACAACAAUGAAAGGCUAGACCUUGAAAUUCCUCUAUGAAAUGUUAAUUCUGCUCAGAACCGCUAAAAAUUUCUGCUAGUUAUUUUCAGGCCCACAAAAUUAAACUAGAUGCAUAUAAAUUGGCCUGAACACUUGUCGACAGUUAAAUAUAAUAAUUUAAAAUAUGUAUAUUUUUGGUACAAAUUUCUACCUUUUGGAUGCAUAGUGUUAAGAUUGUAUGUUUUUGGGGGCAAAAUUUGUAUCUCUUAAUGGUUGAGGGUCUUUUGUGUAAAUAUGACUCGUUAUCUGUUUUCUUGACA